AUGAUGAAGAAGAAGACAGAAGGAAAGAAAUGGGAACAGCUAACGAAGUUAGAGUACGACGAGAAACAAAAAAGGAAACCAAAAUUCGACGAUAAGUCGAUGGAUGACGAUCCGCAGGCAUCGCUGAUGAGUAUGAUGAAGCAGAUGUACGAAGAAGGAGAUGAUGAAAUGAAGAGAACUAUCCGUAAAGCCUGGCAUGAAGGUCAGAACAAGAGGAACACUACAGAUAUGCCAUCAUUAGACGAUAUGUAA